UCCAACAUAUUCUUUUAACAAAAAAGAAGAGAAAAUAAUAAACAUUUGCAUAGCCAUGGAGGAGCUUCUUAAUAGCUUAUCAUCUGUGUCAUUAAAUUCGUCUGUUUUUCCAAACUUCACCGAGGACACUGCCCCCGAAGAGAGAGAAACUAUUGAAUUUGUCAUUCGAUGCGUAAUACCGUCUAUGUACAUUAUCAUCAUUUCGGUGGGAUUACUGGGAAACAUCACGCUGGUGAAGAUAUUCAUCACGAAUAGUGCCAUGAGGAGUGUGCCCAAUAUUUUCAUCUCAAGCCUGGCAGCCGGAGACCUUUUGCUCCUGGUUACUUGCGUGCCCGUGGACGCCUUUAGGUACUUCGUGGAGGAGUGGAUCUUCGGGACGGUGGCAUGUAAGCUGAUCCCCGUCAUCCAGUUAACUUCAGUCGGAGUCUCCGUAUUCACUCUAACCGCGCUCAGUGCCGACAGGUACAAAGCCAUAGUGAACCCCAUGGAUAUCCAGAGCUCCAGUGCUGUCUUCUGGACCUGUUUGAAAGCCGUGUCCAUAUGGUUUGUCUCUGUGCUGCUGGCUGUCCCUGAAGCCAUCUUCUCGCAAGUCGUCCAUAUCCAGGACAAGAACAUCACCUUCACGGCCUGUGUGCCCUAUCCUCUGUCCAACGAGAUGCACCCCAAGAUCCAUUCUGUCAUGAUAUUCCUGGUCUAUUUCCUCAUCCCCCUGGGCAUCAUAUCCAUCUACUACUACCACAUUGCUAAGACGCUAAUCCAAAGUGCUCACGACAUGCCGGGAGAACUCAGCGAACACACCAAAAAGCAGAUGGAGACCAGGAAGCGGCUGGCCAAAAUCGUGCUGGUUUUUGUGGGUCUCUUUGCCCUCUGCUGGUUCCCCAACCAUGUGCUAUACCUCUACCGCUCCUUCAACUACAACCGGAUCGACUCAUCACUGCCCCAUCUGAUCAUCACCCUGCUGGCCCGCGUGCUCAGCUUCUCGGGCUCCUGCGUCAACCCGUUCGCCCUCUACCUGCUGAGCGAGAGCUUCCGCAGGCACUUCAACAGCCACCUAUGCUGCCGGGGAAGGCCCCGGCGCGAGCGCAGCGCCAGUUACCUGCAGAGCACCUCGGCCAUACGGAUGACCUCCAUCAAGAAAAACGCCACAUCCACCCUCAACGGACCAGGAGUCAAACAAGAAGUCUCCCUGUAA